AUAAAGGAGCUUAACAUUUAGAGAUUUAACUAUUAAUUAAGAGAUAUAUAUUAGGAUGCUUUCUGAUUAAAUGCCUUCAUCUUAUUUUUCUCUAUAAUAUUUGCAUCAUUAACUGAAUUAUACAGUUUUAACGGAAUGUGUGGACCUAUAGCAGUGUUUUCAAAUGCAUGUUUAUACAGAUAAAUACAUGUUUUAAAUCAGUUGGGAGUACCUGACACCCUUUGGUGUUGAGCCUGAUUGUGAGCGUGGCCUACAAAAACAUUCUAUAUUAUAUGGUAUGCCAAUACUUUCUCUAUGAAACUAACAAUGAUUUGAUAUGAUAAGCGGGAAGUGCUGCUGUGAUGGGAGUAUUAUUGUCAGUUGUAAGGCACACAGUGGAAGCAGGCUAUUACAUCCUUCAAAGUUCACAGAGAAAAAUAAACCAGUGUUCUUAAGUCCACAACAUGUGUUUGUGUUACAAUAAAUGGAAAGUAAUUAUAGUGACAUGAUAAAAAAGACAAACAGUUGAACAAACAGGAUGUGGUCAUUGCGAGGUGUCAUACUGACUGAAUGGAGGACUUUAAACAUGACUGACGGUAAGAAACGCCUAGUUUAGUUAUAGAUGGCAGUAAAUGGCUCAGACUCAGUCAAAUAUGUCUCACAUAACAUGAAUUGAUCAUUGAGAGGCACCACUAUAGCUUAUAAGUUCAUAGUUUUAAGACAUGUCACCUACAUGAUGAGUCAUGGAGAAAACCCCAAUCUGCCGCUGCUCUCUCACCUCGCUGAUUUCUUUAAUCGUCCUGGUCUUAUUUCCUCUGAUGUCUGAAUGUAAGGUGGACACCUACACAUCACGGAAAGAGGCUACGCCCGAGUGCUGCCGUGUUAGAGGAGAUGCAGGGUUGAAGAAAUCUAAAGACGUGGACUAUGACAGCUUUGUGGGUCUAAUGGGGAGAAGUGCUGCUCAUCCAAACAGACGCAUGGCGCACACUCUCACUGAUGUGUUUGGGCGAAUAACUGAGCGGCGCGCCAACAGAGGACCGAUCAGAAUUUAUUCAGUGCCUAUAAAAGGUCAAAGCCGGAUGCACAAGUUUGAACUGCUGUCCCACACCCAGUCUGCUCCGCGCACCGCUGACGUUCAGGAACUGUUUAACAUAAAGGCGAUAAAAGUUCUCUGCGUUGGACAAACUGUGACACAUUUCUGCUCAUUUAAUGCAACAGGAAAAGCUUGUCCGUGUCCCAGGCGGUAUUUACCCACAAGGAGCGACAAAUAUGCACUACGGUUCCAACGCUUUGUGUAGGGGGAAAUGUAAUGACCCCUUGGAAAUAUUAACAUGCAUGAAGGAAUUUCUACUGUCACUGGAAAAUGAUCUGAGAUGUUACACCAUGUAGAAAACGUAAUACAGAACAAAUGUACAAUAAAAUAUGUAUUUAUUU